AUGGAUCCAUUAAAUGAUCGAAAAGGUACUUCUGCAUCGGAUCGUAAAACUCAAGUCGAUGAUACUAAUAACGAUAAAAAUGAACAAAGUGAAGAAAAUUAUCCACGAACAUCACCAAAUCGUCGUAAUCGAUAUUCUUCAUAUGGUUCAUUACUAACAAAUUAUCGAGCACGAGCACGUCGGCCAUCAUCAUAUGAAGAUAUGAAUUCAAAUGAUUGGUCUCCAUAUGAACAUGGACUUAAUAAUCUUAUAUCGAAUUUUCCUGGAUUAUCAUCAUCUCCUGGCGGUGCUUUCGACAGUAAUGCAUAUAUAAAGAAUGAACCAACUUGUUAUCGAUUACUUGAUCCACAAUAUCCAUUAUUUUCGGAUCUUUGCGGUGCUGUACCACAAGCUCGAUAUUCUUUGCCAAAUUCAUUUGGUCAUUUGGAACGAUGGCAAAUAACACAAGUUUUAAGUACUAUGCUUGGUUCAACACCACCAACAUCACCCAAUCCAGCAUGUACUCGUUCAUUACGUCUUUUAAUAUGUCCAUUACUUUUUCCACCAUGUCCAUCACAAUAUGAACCUCCACCAGUACUUCCUUGUCAACCAUUUUGUCGAGUUGUUAAAAGUCAAUGUUCAGCACCUUCACUUGAUCUUCUACCUUGUGAUUUUCUUCCACCUACAUCUAAUCUUUGUCCAGUUAAUCCAUCACCGUACAGUUCACUUCUUUCAUCAUAUGCUCAACCAAUGUCAUUAAACAGCGGUGCAGCAUCAUCAACAAUGCCACAAUCUCCACUUUCAUCAUAUUUAGCACAAUCAGCUAUUUCAUUAGCAUUAUCACAACCUGCUUAUUCAUCACCAAUGUCACCAUCAGGUACACAACAAUCUGGCAUGCCUCCAGGAUUAUCACCGUCAAGUGCACCACAAUCUGCUGUGCAUUCAGUAUUAUCACCAUCGUUUGUAAAUCCAUCAUCAAGAUCAUUUGCAAUGCCAGUACCUUUUGCUCAACAAUUCAAUACCCAACCCUAUAUGAUUGAUACAUUAACUCCGGUCUUAGUUGAUUUUCCACCUCUUUCAUAUGCACAUUUUAAUAGACCAGCAGCACGAUUUUUUCCAGCAAUGCGUUCGGCAUCUGAAAAAGCAACUUAA